UGUAUCCCCCACCUUCAACCCCUUGCCUUGUUUUGGAGGUUGCUUGUUGAUGCCGGAGCUGCAAAGGAGCUCUGCAGACCUUUCCCGGAUCCUCUCGUAACACAGUCUGCUGUGACCUCACGCCUUUUGAGUAGCAAAUAUGCCGACCGCCGUCCUCACCGGGUGCAACUCUGGCAUAGGCUAUGAAUGGGCCAAAAUUCUGCUGAAAGAGGGAUACAAAUUGUAUGCUCUUGAUGCAACCGACGGGGAGAAGCUCCAGUCCUUGAAGGGAUCAAAAUGCACGACCGCACAAGUAGACGUGACGAGCGUGGAAUCGAUUGAGAAAUUCAAGCAAAGCAUUGGAGAUGAGCCGGUAGACUUACUACUCAACAUCGCCGGAAUCAUGAUCGACCCCGAGCACGACAGCCGCGAAACAACCAACCUGCAAAUCAUUGAAAAGCAGUUCAAAGUCAACACGUACGGCCCCGUCCUCCUCACCCAAGCCCUAACCCCCAACCUGCUCGCCGCCCCGGCACCGCGCAGACUCGGCGUCGUCUCCUCCCGCGUCGGCUCCAUCGCUGACAACACCUCCGGCGGCUACUACGGCUACCGCGCCUCCAAAACGGCCGUCAACAGCUUCUUCAAAUCUUUCGCCGUGGAUUUGAAGGAGCAUGAGGUGAUUGUGUUUAUGCUGCAUCCGGGGUUUACGAAGACGAAUUUGAGCGAGAUGAUUUGGAAGAUUCCGGGGGUUGUGGAGCCGGAGGUUGCGGCGGAGGGGUUGUGGAAGAUUGUGAAGGGGAAGGGGAUGGAGGAUACGGGCAAGUUUUGGCAUCGGGAGGGGAUGGAGUUGCCGUGGUGAGGGGGACGGGUUGUGCGUUGCUGUGGCUUAGUCGUAGCUCAGAUAUACUCGUUCGAGGCUGGACGAUAGAUACAGUAUCCGAAGAUGGCAGCGUCCAUGUGAAGUUAGCGAGGCAUAUCUUUCGCGUACGAUGAGGAAUGGAAGGAAGCAAGGGGGUUGACACUUCGUCAUGAG